GUCGAUGUGUACCAAGUUUCCCCUCGUGGUUUUCAUACCUCUCUCUUUCCCUCCUGCCAUGUGAGGCACUGGGAUCUGCACCGCUUAUCUUUUUUUCUGCAGACUCUGGAUGUAAUGAUGAGCAAGUGAUUCUUGCAGACCUGAAUUGGGACUGAAUGUGGUUGUAACUAUGGUAACGACAGGGCGGAGGGCAUGGACCCUCUCCCCUUGUGGACUCAUGCUGGUCAUUGGCUGGUCUGUGAGUUUGUCCCAGCGCCAGAACGUCAGUCUUGCAGACUGCAGCAGGAAGGAGCAUCCCGUUGUCUCCUAUCAAGAUUUGAGGAUGAGGAUGUUUGAGUUCUCCUAUCCAGGAGUGAAGGAUUUCUCCCAGCUGGCCAUGGACAUGAGCAGAAACCAGCUGAUUGUAGGGGCAAGAAACUUCCUCUUCCGGCUAAGUUUAAGCAAUACCUCCCUCAUACAGGCAACAGAAUGGUCUCCUGAUGAAGACACAAAGCGCUCGUGUCAGAGCAAGGGGAAAUCUGAGGACGAAUGUCAAAACUACAUCCGGGUUUUGCUUGUCAAUGGGAGAAUGCUCUUCACAUGUGGAACAAAUGCUUUCACACCCGUCUGUGUAUCGAGGCAGAUUUCCAACAUCAGUCAAAUUUUGGACACAGUGAACGGUGUCGCACGCUGUCCUUAUGACCCCCGCCACAACUCCACGGCCAUGGUGACGCAGAGGGGGGAACUGUACGCCGCCACGGUGAUCGAUUUCUCCGGACGCGACCCGGUCAUCUACAGAAGCCUGGGGAACAUGCCGCCUCUUCGGACCGCCCAGUACAACUCCAAAUGGCUCAAUGAGCCUCAUUUCGUGUCUGCCUACGAAAUCGGCCGGUUUGCCUACUUCUUCCUGAGAGAGACUGCCGUGGAAAACGACUGUGGGAAGAUGGUGUUCUCUCGGGUGGCGCGGGUCUGUAGGAACGAUGUCGGGGGACGUUUCUUGUUGGAAGACACUUGGACCACCUUCAUGAAGGCUCGCCUGAACUGCUCACGCUCAGGUGAAAUCCCCUUCUACUUCAACGAGCUGCAGAGCACGUUCCACUUGCAGGAGCAAGACAUCAUUUAUGGCAUCUUUACCACAAAUGUAAACAGCAUAUCAGCUUCAGCUGUUUGCGCCUUCAAUCUGAGCUCCAUCACUUUGGCUUUCAAUGGACCCUUUCGCUUCCAGGAGAACCCGCGCACUGCCUGGCUCUCUACUCCAAACCCUAUUCCCAAUUUCCAGUGCGGCACACUGGAGGAAGACGGCCCCGGUGGGAACCUAACAGAGCGUAGUCUUCAAGACGCACAGCGGCUCUUCCUCAUGAGCGACGUCGUCCAGCCAAUCACCACUGACCCCUUUCUUACCCAGGACAAUGUGCGCUUCUCCAAGCUGGUGGUGGACAUCGUGCAAGGCCAGAGCGCUCUCUACCACGUCAUGUACAUUGGCACAGAGUAUGGCAGCAUCCUGAAGGCUCUGGCCACAGCCAACAAAAGCCUUCAUGGCUGCUACCUUGAAGAGCUCCGGAUCCUCCCAGAAGGGCAAAGGGGAACAAUAAAGAGCCUGAAAAUUCUGCAGAAGGACAGGUCGCUGUUCGUGGGACUCGAUGACAGACUGAUGAAGAUCCCGUUGGAACGCUGCUCAAGUUAUCCAACCGAACGGAGCUGUUUGGAGGCUCGGGAUCCUUACUGCGGAUGGGAUCUGGAGCAGAAACUAUGCACCACCAUUGAGGGAAGCUCCAACAUGAACCAUUGGAUCCAAAACAUCACCGAAUGCCCAGUGAGGAACCUGACGCAGGACGGUGGGUUUGGUCCCUGGGCAGUGUGGCAGCCUUGCAACCAUGACGAUGGCGAGGGCACUUUCAGCCGCUGCAAGUGUCGGUCCCGCUCCUGUGAUGGACCGGUGGCCAGAUGUGGAGGGAUUGAAUGCAAAGGUCCAACCAUCCAAGUGGCAAACUGCUCCAGAAACGGUGGCUGGACUCCCUGGUCCUCCUGGGGUCAAUGCAGCAGCAGCUGCGGCAUCGGAUUUGAGGUGAGGCAGCGGUCCUGCAACAACCCCUCCCCUCGCCAUGGGGGUCGAAUAUGCGUCGGUCAGGGUCGGGAGGAGAGGCUGUGCAAUGAGAAAAAGCUGUGUCCCCUGCCUGUGUUGUGGACAGCCUGGGGUCCCUGGGCUCAUUGCAGCGCUGAAUGCGGUGGAGGGGUCCAGUCCAGGACUAGAACCUGUGAAAAUGGAAACACCUGCCCUGGAUGUGCAAUGGAGUAUAAAGUCUGCAACCUGGAGAGCUGCCCUGAGGUGCGCCGCAACACCCCCUGGACCCCCUGGAUGCCGGUCAAUGUCAGCCACGAAGGGUCCCGCCAGGAGCAGAGAUUCAGGUACACCUGCCGGGCGCCACUUCAUGACCUCCAGCAGCUCCAGCUAGGCAAGAAGAAGCUGGAGACCCGCUUCUGCCCAAACGACGGCUCCGGAGCUUGUCAGACUGACAGUCUGGUUGAAGAGUUGGUGCGGACGAGUGGCAGAACCACGUCACAGCCACAAGGUGCCCGAUGGGGACCAUGGGAAACGUGGUCCAGCUGCUCCCAGCAGUGUUCCAGAGGUUUCCGGACCAGAAAACGUAGCUGCUCCACGUCAGAAGGAAGGGCCAACCUGGCGGCUUGUGCUGGAUCUCCAGUGGAGUAUCAGGACUGUAAUGCUCACCCCUGCCCAGUGAGUGGAGCCUGGUCAUGCUGGUCUGCCUGGACCCAGUGUUCGUCCAGCUGUGGAGGCGGCCACUAUCAGCGAACUCGGACGUGCAGCAGCCCGGCCCCUGCAAACGGAGGGGACAUCUGCAUCGGCCUGCAUACGGAGGAGGCCCUCUGUAAUAUACACCCCUGUGAAGGCUGGGAUGAAUGGACGGACUGGGGCGAGUGUGACGAUGAGGGUGUGCAGCAUCGCAGCCGGCGCUGCCGGGAGGAGCAGGAGGCUGAGGCCAACCUCUGCCAGGGAAACCUCACUCAGUCCAGGCCGUGUCAGCCGCACGAGGUACCAGUGAUUUUACCCGGGCAGGAGAACCAGAGCUGUGGAAAUUUCACAUUGUUCCAGUUGGUGGCAGUGGGCUUAGCCAGCUUCUUUGCUGCAGCUCUCCUCUCAGGGUUGGCGUACUCAUACUGCCACCACGUGAACCGGCCGUCGGCAGAGUCCGCCGUCAUCCACCCCAGCACACCCAACCACCUGACGUACAACAAGCAGGGCAACGUCGCGCCAAAGAACGAGAAGUACAUCCCCAUGGAGUUCAAGACGCUAAACAAGAACAACCUCCACGUGAACGACGAUACGUGCAACCACUUCUCCUCCCCGAUGGCGUCCAGCAACAUGUUCACCGCCACCUACUACCCUCCCUGUGUGAGCAAGUACGACUUCCACCCCGACUCGCCCUGCAGGUCCUACAUGCACAGCUGAGAGGAGCCGUUUCUGCGCCAACAUAACCGGAAAACCUUCCUGAAAGCUGGAAACAUUUUCCAGUCCAUUGGAAUAUUUUUACUCGAGGUGCAGUUUCUCCCCAAUCACCAGAAAUAUCCUUAUUAAGGACAAAUAUCCAAACAGUUUUCAGAUAAAAUCUGCUAUUAUGAAUUAUAAAGAACAUAAUUGAAAAUAAAUGUUAUUUAUUUCAGAAAUUCAAUUCAAAAAGUGGAAAUCUUGAGGCACUACAGGUGCAGUAAUAUUUGUUUCUUUUAAAUUUGAUAAUACAGGAUGUAAUGAAUACCCAAAAGUUUCGGAAAACUUGAUUGUUACGCAAGACCAAUAAAAAUUAUUAUUUUAUUAGGAUAUGAAAUAAUUCCAAUGAAACAAGAGAAAUCUGGCUGCUAUUCACUAUAUAUUUCACCACAUAUUAACCACAAAAAACAUCUUAAAUACUCUUUUCAGCUGUAAAUCAUAGUCAUCACAAAUAACAGAAAUCUACUCUCAAAAAACACUCAGCGCGUAAUAAGUCUAUAUAAACUAUGACUUUCACUUUUUGAAUGGAAUUCCUGAAGCAAGAGUUUUGAUAUCCAAAUUCGUAGAGAUCCACCCACAGAAAGAAAGAAGACGACCUUCCUCUGGUCAUCUUCAGUCAAUCAUAAACAAAGAGCUGCCUUUGGUCAGGUUGACCCAGGAGCCACCCAGACGUCAUUGCCGGAGGCUCAGGGGAAUCAAAACAAAAAUGCUCUAGCCUUGAACUCCACAAGCGGGAUGUGUUGUUUUAUGAACUCUCUGAAAACUCAAAAUGGCUUCUGACGUUCUGCACUGACGUUCUGUCAGAGUGACAGAGCGGUUUCAAGGGGAUCGACUACAUCUUAGUAGGAACCAUGAGGAUUUCUGACAUCCUGCUGAGUUACAGACUGGUUCACAAGGUAUAACACAUGGUAACAGACAUGCACUCUGAAUGGAUUUCUGCUUUGACGUGCAGAUCUGUGGCUCACUUGCUUUAAUUUUUGUGUCAAAACUACAAUGAAAAGAAGACGAAAUAGAAAACUUAAAUAUUGUUUUUAUCAGCAAAAUGUAUAAACUAUCUCCCAGGUUGUUCCGUGGUUGAACAUUCGGGGAUGUGAACAUAAAAUUCAAUCUAGUUAUAUCUGAGGUAUUUCCAGUCCUGGUCAGAAGUUUACAUACUUCUUCGAUUCAAGGUUUUAAAAAUGGAUUUAACACGUCCUACCAGAAUAGAGGGGUUACACAACGAAUAUCCAGAAUAAGGUUUGAAUUUAUUGUGCUCUUAAUCCACAGAGAAUCAAACUUACACGCUUAUAUUUAUACACAAGCAAAAGCAGUAGUGGUUUGUCUGCAGCUUGCUAAAGAAGACCAAAUGUUAAUGGUAAAAUCUAUAGUAAAUUGAAAAGAUUUUAAAUACUGCUGCAGUUGCAGGUUUUAUACUUAUUUGCAAAACAACGGGUCAAAUAAAUCUGCAUAAACCCCAAGUUACUGACAUUUAUUACAGUAAAUGUAUAUAUAAACUUCUGACUGAAACUGUACUGUAUAUAGAAUAUUUAUUUGGUUAAGGAAGUUUCCCCAUCUGUGGUUCUGAGCAAUAUCUCUGAUGAUAAAGCAAAACUUAAGACACAUUCAAGACUUAUUUUGUUAAUUUUUUUUAUAUGAAUCACACGUUUUCUUAAAUUACAAACAAUUCAGCUUUUGUUUCUCAAAUUGAGUAGGUACAAAUCAACAAUAUAAUCAGGUCAUAAAUAAAAAAAUCAAUCAACUUAAUCUGUUGUGUGUAAAUAUUGUUUUUAUGUACUGCUUCUUAAUGCGUUUUUGGGCAUAAUGUUCAAACAUUUGAAGCUAUUUUUUAGAGAUCAUUCAUUGUUUGGUUAAUGAGAAACAAACACAAACAUGUGUUAACGUAAACAAAAGUUUUGCAUCCUUUGUAUACAGUGCUCUGAAAACGUAUUUGCCCCAUUCAGAUUUUCUCUUUUUCAGUGAAACUUGUUUUAAUGCUUCAUUUUGUUGUUGUUUUUUUUUUUUAGACAAAAGAAUUUAGGCCAUUUUCAAGUCCUUAGUUAGCAAAUUAAGGAAAUUAUUUGCUAACUAAACUGACCACUCAAUUGCUGCAAAAUGCUUAAACUUUAUAUCAAACAGAAUAUAACAGAAAAAUUCUUUAAUUUCCCAUAUAAGUGAAACUGAGGAGUGCCACCAUCAAAUUAAAGGUAAAUAGAUCCAUGCAAAUUCACACUAAAGUUAAAAAAAAAUUAUAUGUAAAUAUAAAAACCAGAAUUGGUACAGUAAGAAAAAAAUUACAGCAUAAGAAAAGUAAUACAGUAGAGCUACGACAAAUAGCAUUGUAGGUUUAAUUAGAAAGAUGCAAAAUAUGAUCCGUGGUAUGUUGAGAAUAUGCAUCAACAGGCAUUAGUAGCAGAUUUGCCACACAAGGUUAAAGUGCUAGAAGGUUUAAAGUAUAAACAGAAGAUAUUUGAAAGGAGGUAAAAAUGGUUUCAGUGCACUGUGCCUUACUUAAGGUUGUAACAUUCUGUAUUAUUAUCAUAUAAUUUUCCUAAAGUAUGAAUUUAUCCUAGGAUUUCUGCGUUGGCACUCAUUAAGCAAAGACGUCACUAGUAACAACAGAGAUAUUCAAACUGAACAUUUUCGCACUUUUAGCUGAAAUUACACAUUUUUCUCUGUAUCUGAUGCCAAAUGACAAUGUUUCUUUGACGGAUAUCUUUUCCGAAUAUGUUAGAAAUUCCAUAUUGUAAAAUAGCAAAAGACAUAGUACCGUUUCAAUUUGGUGACAAAUUCUGUUCACUUCUUGCUGAUGUAGCAAAACCCCGACUUGUACUACACCUGCCCCUAACUGAUUUAUUUUUUUUUUUAUUAUUGUGUCCUUUAUCAUUUAAAUGAGCAAGAAAUUGUGUUUAUUUUUGUUUUGUUUCUGUGCCAUGUUUAUAUUACUGUGUAUGUCUAAAUCACAAAUCUGACUAUAAUGAGACACCCUCUCAGAGAUAGAGCUUUGCAAAAGUUUUCAUCCCGUAGUCACUAACAACCAUACAUACAUGUAACACUUUUAAGUUUUUUAUGUAUAAAAACAUUGGAAACCACAUAUAUCCUUUUCACUUCCCAGGUGAACACUACUUUGUAUUGGUCUUUCGUGUAAACUGGAGUUUGUGGUUACAACCUCAUAAAUGUGAAAAAGGUUCAAGAGGAGUGAAUACUUUUGCAAGUGUUGAGAUAAGAAGCAGAAAACACCUAAAUUUGGACACUUAAUUCAGUAUCGUCCUCACACUUUGCUCCAAGAGCCCUAAAGGUAAUUUUCUUGCCCUAAAAAAAAACUUGCUUGAUGUGAAUUUGACUCAACACUGCCUUUUUUUGGACACUGUAAACUUUUGGUACUCUAUAUUUUUGUAUUAUGUAUACUGUGAAAAAAAAAAUCCAGGUGAAUAAAUGAAUUAUG